GUACUGGCUGCCGCGCUUUUAAAUUGCCAACAUGCAUCUUUCUUUAAAAUAUACUAUUAAGUAUUAGGUAAUGGUCACUUUAUAGUUUUAAUUUACUUGCAUAAUUGUGGUCACAACAUUGAAGAAUUUGUAGUAUUUCUUAUCACACAGAAACUACAAUAAGUUUUCUAUAAUUUUUAUGAUGUCAAGAAUUAUGUCAUAACCAGAAUGCAAUUUAAAACAGCCUUUCUUCAAAACCACAGACUGAUUGUCAACUCUUGAAAUACCAAAUUACAUUAUUGCAGCUACCUAACAAAGCUAUGUAUGCAUGAUUGAUCUUCUCAGUAAUCAGUAACAAAAAUGAAGAAAAUGUGAGGUAAAGAAACAGUGUAUGUAUAAAUGGGUCCCUAAAUUCUACUUUAAAAAGUGAUAAUGGUGACAAAUAAGACUUCUGAGUAAUGAACUCCGCUGCCAUAAAAACAGGUCUCUUUAACUCUUUAUGCAUAAAGCACUAAGAGGUGGAAGUGGAGACAAAUAUAAAUGGCCUUUCAAUUGUGUCCUUUUGAUCAUCACUAUGAAUCUUUUAAGUUGUUUUUUAUCAUCCUAAAUAAAAAAAGCACAUAGAAACAACUUCACAUUUUCUUUUUAAAUAUCUAACAAUUGCUCAUAUAUUCUCUCAUGAUAUUGCUCUCUUGAGUGAUUGAGACCUUAGGGACUUAGUUAGGGUAUUCAUCUUUACAAUGAACUCCAGCGCCUCUGUCUCUAAAUGCUUCGUUCAUCAGCUCGAGAAUAUAGACGAGAACGUUCCUGCAUCAUCUUGCGCACAGCCUGAAACCCCUACAGAAUCUAUGGAGUUCCUUGCUAGAUCUUGGAGUCUUUUUGCCACGGAACUCUCCAAAGCACUGCAUAGCACCAAUACUACGAUGUCCACCGCCAUUGAGAUGCAACUCUUAUGUUCUUCUGACCAGUUUUAUACCACUGCCUCUAAGGAUUCUGAUUUAUUUUUACUUCAUCAAGCAAUUUCUCUAGAAUUCCUGUCCAGUCAAAACUUGCUGAGAAAUGGGCUUUACAGGAGCCUGAUAAGAGGAAGGACAACAGGUAGGCGGUUGAAAGAUCAGAAGGAGAGGAAAAAGCAGGAAAUUAGGACUCAUAAUGCUCAAUUGCACGCUGCAGUAUCAGUAGUUGGUGUUGCUGCCGCUGUUGCAGCUGCUGCGGCUUCAAUAGCAUCAUCCGGAAAGCCUAAUGCCUACCAAAAGAACCCUAUCAUGGCUUCUGCUGCAAUUGCAUCUGCAGCAGCUCUAGUAGCCUCUCACUGCAUUGAGAUUGCAGAAGAUAUGGGAGCUGAACAGGAUCAAAUCAUAACAGCAGUUGACUCUGCUAUUAAUGCAAAAACUAAUGGAGAUAUUAUGACUCUAACAGCUGGAGCAGCCACAGCACUGCGAGGAGCUGCUACUUUAAAGGCGCGGCUGCAGAAGGGGUUUGGAGCUACUACAAUUCCUCCAAUUGAGGAGAAGUGCGGUGAAGCCAAAGAAACAAACAUAUUGACAGCAUUGGACUACGUCUUUAGAGGUGGAGCACUUCUCAAACGUACAAGAAAAGGAGUUCUUCACUGGAAGCAAGUCUCUUUCAAUGUUAAUUCAAAUUUGCAGGUAGUAGCCAAAAUGAAAAGCAAGCAUAUUGGAGGAACAUUUACGAAAAAGAAGAAAUAUAUAGUCACUGGAGUGUGCAGCGAUAUCCCUGCUUGGCCGGGAAGGGAGAAGGAAGACAUUGGCGAAAAGAGAGCAUACUUUGGAAUAAAAACAGAAGACAGAUCAAUAGAAUUUGAAUGUGGAAGUAAAGGAGACAAACUGAGCUGGUUAGAGGGAAUCCAGUACAUGUUGAAUUGCAGUGCCAAAGUAACAUACUAAAAAAUACUCCAUCUGGACUUAAAUAUAAGCCAAAUAGUAUACGUAUCUGGUCCACAUUUAGACCAAAUACAUGUACUCUAUUGCUUAUAUUUAAUCUCGGAGUAAUAAGGAUGUCAUUGGGAUUGCUGUAAAUAUAGUUUUUUCUUUUCGCCCCCCCCCCCCCUACCCUAUAUAGUGAUUGGAGUGGUUAUCCAUAGAUAUGUUGAUUGGACAGCACGGCUAUAAAAGUCCGCUUAAAAAAUAUGUUG